GAGAGGAAGCGACCACCACAAGAUUGGCAGUCAGGGUCGAGCCGCCACACGUCAAACUCUCGCUCUCCUCCUUAUCUUCUUCUCAUUACCCUGUUCGCCCGUCUCAACCAUGGCCUGGACCACCAAGCAAGUGCUGCUGGCCCUCUUGAUGGUCGUAACGGGCUCCAUUAAUACCCUCUCGACUAAAUUGGCAGAUCAAAUGACAGCAGUCAAUAGUGCAGGUGUAGAUGCCCCUUUUGUUCAUCCAUACUUCCAGACGGAUGGCAUGUUUAUAGGAGAAAUGUUAUGUAUGUUGACUUUCUACAUUAUGUAUCACUACGAACGACGUCAGCGGCAGGGACAAGUAGAAAUGUCGCCAACCAAUGACCAGACUCCUCGGUUUCCAGUGGUAAUCUUCUUUGUGCCAGCCAUGUGUGACACCCUAGCGACGUCGACCAUGUAUCUCGGCCUCACACUGACGUAUGCCAGUUCAUUUCAGAUGUUGAGAGGUGCGGUUAUUGUGUUUACUGGGCUUCUGUCUGUAGCCUUUUUGGGACGUAAAUUGAGAUACUAUCAAUGGAUUGGCAUGAUAGUUGUCAUAAUGGGUCUGGUUAUUGUUGGCGUCUCCGACUUUGUGGGCAGCAACGAGAGUGAGGGCUACACUCUUAACGGCAUUAUUACAGGGGAUCUGCUGAUCAUUGCAGCUCAGAUUGUGACAGCCACGCAAAUGGUAAUAGAGGAAAAGUUCGUGACGAAGCACAACGUGCCUGCGUUAUUGGCUGUGGGCUGGGAAGGUGUCUUUGGCUUUACGGUAAUGACAAUCUUGCUGGUGCCAUUUUACUGGAUUCCUGCGGGUAUCUUCAGUGGAACUCCCCGUGGUGUACUGGAGGACGUUCCAGAUGCAUUUACUCAGCUUGGCAAUAAUCCAGCUCUGAUUGGUCCCAUAUUAGGUAACAUUAUCAGCAUAGCCUUUUUCAACUUUGCUGGUGUGAGUGUAACGAAGGAGCUCUCGGCAACUACCCGCAUGGUGCUCGACUCUGUUCGUACACUUGUUAUCUGGGUGGUCUCUCUCAUUGUCAAGUGGCAAGAGUUUCAGUAUCUUCAGCCAAUUGGAUUUGCUGUGUUGGUUAUUGGCAUGAUGCUGUAUAACGAUGUUGUGAUAUUACCGUUCCUGAGGAAUAGAGGGUGUAUCAAUGAUGACUUGCCGGAAGACACAGAGCCAGUUAUUGCAUCAAAUUCAUCAGGAAGAUCAACAGAUUCGAUGGAUAAGGAGGGCAUAGAUAACCCCAAUGCUACAGUAGAGCCUCUAUAAUUGAACGACAUUCCAAGUUUUAGCUAUUAAAACUGGUCUUUUAGAACUGAAGAUUCUUCUUUAAGCGCACGUAUAAAUUUUAUCUUGCCCACGAGAAUGUCGCCUCUGUGCUGGAGACAGGAGUGGGGAAAAUUAUUUUAGAUGUCCAGUAUUUUUGUAGAUAAAUUGCAAUUAUAUUUGUUGUAUCCAUUAAAUUUAUCCUCUUUCAUUAUUGAGGUCCUUUGGUCUCAUUUCACCUAAUGGUGGGGUAAAUUUUUUAUUUUAUUUAUUGCUUAACAUACACUGUACAGUAUAAUUUUUAUUGCAUUUUAUGCAAAUACAGUAUUAAAGGUCAAAGAAUUUUGGUGAUAUAUACAAAUUGGCACAUUUUAAAGUUACUAAUGAAGCAUUUCUUAUAGAAAUAUUGAAUUUUUGGUAGGAUAAUAGAUUUCUUCAGCCUGUGAUAUUUGUAAUGGGCAUUACUAUUGUGUUAUCGUCAUAUAAAGACAAAAGUUGGUAUAAAUGAAUCUGAAUCUAUUUUAUAGUAGUACAGUGAAUAAUUAUGCCUGACUAGACACAAUUUGCUACUCGUUUAAUGUGUUGGUGUUUGUGAGCUAAAUCUUUGUUUCUCGUAAGGCGACUAGAAAUGUUUGUAGUCUAUACAUACUGAUAUUGGUAGCAUACAGUACAUGCCAUUGUUAUUUAUGGCCCCAAAUAAUUAGUUAAAAAUAUAUAUAUCCUUGUAGUUCUUUGCCUGUUUUAACGAAGAAAAGAUGCACUUGACCUAAAAUGUGCUUGUAUAAUAUUUUGUUUAACUUGCGUCACAUAUAGCAGUUACAUGGAAAUAGAAUGGGACAUCUUUAAUGACUGUACUGUAUUUUGUCUUUUUUUUUUUUUUUUUUUUUUUUUUUUUUUUUUUUAAAUUCAGUAUAAUUUUCUUAACAUAUGUGGGGGCGGGUUCUCGCUGAACCAUGCGUUAAAGAAGUUAAAAAUGUAACGGUCCAUCAUUUUCUCCUAUUUAAUGUAGCUGGGUUUAAGUUUUGGUUUGCUGUAAUGGUGGUGUCAAGUUCUUCCGUGCAUAAAUCUUUGUGUGGGAGAAUGUGAUGCUGGAAAUAUGAGGAAUGUGUUAUUUACUGAAGUAAUGAAAAUUAGAAGAAGAAACUUGACCACACCUCACACUUGUAUAUGCAGCUUUUAAAAAAAAGUAUUUUUUUUUUGUGUACAGUUGUGUUGUUCUAGUUUUUAUAGUUAAUUUAUAAAAUGUACGAACCAUGAUAUUAAAUGCCUUUACAAUGAAGGCCUCGAACCUAAACGCCCCAUUAUGUGCACCUAUAAGCUAUUUGAAGAGUUUCUGGCCUAUUCAUAACAGUAUUGACUAUUUCAUUUUGAGCUGUAAUUUGAAUAUGAAUAUCUCCAAACUAAUCAGAAUUAACUAUCAUAAGUUAAUUUAUCUGAUUAACGUGAUUAAACUACAAAUUAGUGUACAUAAGUACCAGAGAUUAUUUAAAUCAGUGUAGUGACUAUAUUGUGUAAAGAUAAAUAGUACAUUUAUUCUUAAAUGGUUAGAAUAUUUGUGUGUGUGAUACAUUCCUAUUUAGUAUACCACUAUCCCAAAUGUUAUUGUAAGGCUCAAUGUUUAAUAAUUUUUUUGUAAUUAAAGAUUUGAACACUGCAGUAUGUUUAGAGUAAAAAUUAAUUGCUAUUUUUGUUAUGUGAUCAAAUCUGACUAAAUUUUAUUUAGGAAAUCAUUAUUGUAAUAUUAAAUAUUUUUGAUACA